AUGGGUACUGUAUUACACUUGUGUAUAAUUAUAUGUUUGUGUGCUGUUCGUCUGGUUAGUGCUAACACGUACAGCGUCAGUUUAUUAGCGGAACAACAUGUGAAUUUAGUCGAUAGUAAGUUUUUGAGCUUCACAAUAGACCCUAAGUAUUUGUUUUCAACCAGUGAGAAGUAUAAUAGCAAAGAAUGUGUCUGCAUGGCCUCAUCACUGACCCCCGCUUUCAUUCGAAUAGCUGGCCCAUCCACAUCCCAUAUGAGUUUCCAUAACACCACCAUAUCGAUUAAUGAAAUCGAUUUUGAUUUAUCUGCAAACGAUCUUGAGGUGGAGGUGUUAGAUGCUGAUACCCCCAAGAAAGUUCCUAUAGAAAUGAAGACGGUAAAUCUAGCUGUGACACAUCGACAAUGGAGAAAGUUCAUCCACUGGGCAAAGUCUACUGGUUUCGAUUUGGUCUUCGCACUAAAUAAUGAGGAAAGAACAGCUUCCGGCAUGUGGGAUCCCAACACUGCACUCAACAUACUGACAGUUGCUGAAAAGGCGAAGGUUGGCGAUAUAUUUUGGGAGUUAGGUUACGAAUGUAAAAACCAAUCCAUCGAGGAAUAUCUGAAUGAUUUGGAGACACUGAGCGUAAUCACCGAGACCUUCCCGCCUGGCCGCAUGGGGGAAUGGAAGGUGGUGGGUGGAGACGUCUCCAAGUGUCUGCAGGCCGACUCCAAGAGUGACUUCAAGGAUUACGUCGUUUUGUCCAUUGAUAUGAUGGAUGCACUCUUGUUAAAUGGCAACUCCUCGUACAAGGAAAUGGAACGUAUGACGAAAUUGAACCGCCUGAAGCUGCUGCGACAUUUAGCAAACUCCAGAACACCACUAUGGUUAACAGAAAGAAACCAGAGAAAUUACAAUCAAUUAGAGAGAGCUGCUGAUUGGCUAGGUAGCUUGGGAUAUGCUGCAAAGAAUGGCUUCUCUGUCCAUUAUCGGGAGUUGGAAGAAGAAGAGAUAUACGAGCCUACACUGAGUUUUUAUAUGGCACUUCUCUUCAAAAACUUAGUCGGUGAACGGGUCCUUAAUGUGGAAAUGGUGCCUGAGCAGGCGAUCCUCUUUGGUCAUUGUACAUCGCUGCGGCACAAACGAGUGCCAGGUGCUGUUACACUGUUCGGAGUGAACUUGGAUGAUGAGCCUGCUAGGUUUUCACUCAAGCUGCCUAAACGAGAGGACGGGGGUGAUAUAAUGCAGUUUAUUCUUGGGCAUGAUCACAGUGGAAACAUAGUCGUCAACGGACGUGCCAUGUAUUAUGAAGGCGACAUAAAGCCAGUUGUAAAACGCGUUCGUCCUUUCAAAACUCUUCUUAUAACUCUACCGGCAAAAUCUUUCGGAUUCUGGGUGCUCGCCAACACUAAAAUAGAAGCCUGCCAAGACAUAGACAACUCUAAUAAUACCAAUUCUGAUGAACAGUCUGUUACUGAAAGUGUAAGAGGAAAACGCUCAGUUGAUGAUGAUUUUGAAGAUUACAAUCAUAUAGCAAAUCCUUUCUAUGAUUAUGAUGAUACAGAGACAUCAUCCAUCGAUAACAAAGCUUUGAUAAAGCGUAUUGCUGAUAUAAAUAGAGACUUGGGCAAAAUACAGAGUAGUUUUCACAAUUCAAAAGGCAGAUUCAAAAGAGACGAAAAAAGGGCGAAAUUUAGACCCUUGAACGAUAGAAAUAAUUUUGAUUUGGACCCAAAAGGUUUAUUAAGUAAUAUUCUGCAAAAAGCAAAACAGAGCGUUGAAGUGUUGAAAAACAAAGGUUUUAAAGAAGUGAAGCGAAGAUUAAACAGGAAUAAUAGAGUUAGUAAAAGACAUUCUAAACAUUUCAGAGUUAAAACAUUAAAAACACCAAUGAGAUAUUUUGAUACACAGAAGCAUGAAAGAUUUUCUAAAAAGCGUACAAAUAUGAGAAAAAUACCAAAACAUGUAACAAGUAUGUCAAAAAAGAACUUAGAGCAUUUUAAUGGCGAUGUUUCAAAAAGUAACUUAAAAAAUAAUCAGAGAAUACAAGAAGAUUCUGAAAAACUGAAUGUAAUUAUUGGUGAUUACAGCGGCAAGCAUUCUAUUGAGAAUGAAAUUGCGAAAGAUAUUGAUAUUUUAGAGUCUAAAAAUAGAAGACGAAGACAUAUCGACAAAGAUGUAGAAGAAUUAUCAUUCGAAAACGAUAUAGAUUUUGAAGAGAAAAAGAAGAGAAAAGCAAAGUUGUGGCAAAUUUUGAAGAAAAUACAGGAAGAGGUGAAGGAUUUCUCUCAAGAAACAACCGAUGAAGAACUAACGGACUCGCCUGAGGUAAUAGUUCUUAAAACCGAAUUAUCAGAUGAUUCUGCUACUAUUAAAGUAGAAGACACUGGCAAGGGUUUGCUACAGUCCACUAUGAGGAAUAUGGUAAAUGUGUUGGAAGAUUUAAAUAAGAAUUUUAAUAGGUUUUGGGAUGCCCUUAGCAUGUUAGGAUAG